AUGAAUAAAAUAAAAAUUUUAAAAUUAAAAAAUUUCCCAAUUUUAAAACAAUUGCAAUUAGAAGAAGCUUUAUAUAGAACACCAAAUACAGGUAAUUGGAUUAUUUUAAAUGAAGGAACACCCGAACCAAUCGUAAUUGUGGGUGUAUCGGGCAAAGCUGAUAAAUUAGUAAAUUUAAAACAAACAAAGGAAAGAAACAUUCAAACAAUGAGACGUUUUUCAGGUGGUGGUACAGUUGUAGCAGACGAAAAUACAAUUUUUUCAUCAAUUCUAUUGGAGUUCAAUUCAUUCAAACAGUUUUAUCCACAUAUGAAAUCAUUUUACCCAAAAGAUAUUAUGAAAUGGUCAGCUGAACAUUUUUACAAUAAAGUUUUUAUACCACAUCAAGAUUUUUCAUUACAAGAGCAUGACUAUGCAUUUGGUGAACGUAAAUUUGGUGGAAAUGCCCAAUCAUUUUGCAAAGAAAAGUUUUUACAUCACACCUCAUUCUUGUGGGACUUUAAAGAUGACAAUAUGAUGUCUUGUUUGAAACAACCCGAAAAAAUACCAGAAUACAGACAAAAUAGAGAUCAUUUAUCUUUUCUUUGCAAAUUAAAAGACCGUUAUCAUACCAAGGAUCAAGUUUUUAAUAAUUUUAUUCAAACUAUCAAUAAUAUACCCUCUUUACAUUCAAUUGAAGAGGUAUCCCUAAAAGAUGCAGAAUCAUUUUUACAAAAUAAUCACUUUAAAGCAAACCAAAUUUAUAACUAUAAUUUAAAUGUUUGGGAAAAUAUUAAAAAUGAUUAUAAUAAUAUAUAA